GCGGCGGCAGCAGCCGCACGGGGUGCGCGGGGCGCGGCGGCCGGAGCCCGGGGCCCGCCAUGGGCCGCCCCGAGCGGGGCGCGCUCCGGCCGCUGGUGCUGCUGCUGUUGCUGCUGCAGCUCCAGCAUCUCGCGGCGGCGGCAGAUCCACAGCGCGGCGGCGAAGGGCCGGUCAAAGAGUGUGAAGAAGACCAAUUCCGGUGCCGGAAUGAGCGCUGCAUCCCCUCCGUGUGGAGGUGCGACGAGGACGACGACUGCUCGGACAACAGCGACGAGGACGACUGCCCCAAGAAGACCUGUGCGGACAGCGACUUCACCUGUGGCAACGGCCACUGCAUCCCGGAGAGGUGGAAGUGUGAUGGCGAGGAGGAAUGUCCCGAUGGCUCCGAUGAGGCAGAGACCACGUGCACCAAACAGGUGUGUCCCGCAGAGAAGCUGAGCUGUGGACCUGCCAGCCACAAGUGUGUGCCCGCCUCGUGGCGCUGCGACGGGGAGAAGGACUGUGAGAGCGGAGCGGACGAGGCCGGCUGUGCCACCUUGUGCGCCCCGCACGAGUUCCAGUGCAGCAACCGCUCCUGCCUGGCCGCCGUGUUCGUGUGCGACGGCGACGACGACUGCGGCGACGGCAGCGACGAGCGCGGCUGCGCCGACCCGGCCUGCGGGCCCCGCGAGUUCCGCUGCGGGGGCGGUGGUGGCGGCGGUGGCGGCGCCUGCAUCCCCGAGCGCUGGGUCUGCGACCGUCAGUUCGACUGCGAGGACCGCUCGGACGAGGCGGCCGAGCUGUGCGGCCGUGCGGGCCCCGGGGCCACCGCCACGCCCGCCUCCUGCGCCGCGGCCGCCCAGUUCGCCUGCCGCAGCGGCGAGUGCGUGCACCUGGGCUGGCGCUGCGACGGCGACCGCGACUGCAAGGACAAGUCGGACGAGGCCGACUGCCCACUGGGGACCUGCCGUGGGGAUGAGUUCCAGUGUGGGGAUGGGACGUGUGUCCCUACAAUCAAGCGCUGCAACCAGGAACAGGACUGUCUGGACGGGAGUGACGAAGCUGGCUGUUUGCAGGAGUCAACAUGUGAGGGUCCCCGCAGAUUUCAGUGUAAGAGUGGCGAGUGCGUGGACGGCGGGAAAGUGUGUGAUGCUCAAAGGGACUGCCAGGACUGGUCGGAUGAGCCUCUGAAAGAGUGUGGGCUGAACGAGUGUCUGCACAACAAUGGCGGCUGCUCCCACAUCUGCACUGAUCUCAAGAUUGGCUUUGAGUGCACGUGCCCAGCAGGCUACCAGCUCCUGGACCAGAAGACCUGUGGCGACAUCGACGAGUGUAAGGAUCCAGACGCCUGCAGCCAGAUCUGUGUCAAUUACAAAGGCUACUUUAAGUGCGAGUGCCACCCGGGUUACGAGAUGGACACGCUGACCAAGAACUGCAAGGCCGUUGCCGGCAGAAGCCCGUCCCUGAUCUUCACUAACCGGCAUGAAGUGCGGAGGAUCGAUCUGGUGAAGCGGGACUACUCCCGCCUCAUCCCCAUGCUCAAGAAUGUCGUGGCACUGGAUGUGGAAGUUGCCACCAAUCGCAUCUACUGGUGUGACCUCUCCUACCGCAAGAUCUACAGUGCCUACAUGGACAAGGCCAGCGACCUGGCAGAGCAGGAGGUCCUCAUUGACAAGCAGCUGCACUCUCCAGAGGGCCUGGCGGUGGACUGGGUCCACAAGCACAUCUACUGGACUGACUCGGGCAACAAGACCAUCUCAGUGGCCACAAUUGAUGGAAGCCGCCGAUGUACUCUCUUCAGCCGUGACCUCAGUGAACCCCGGGCCAUCGCGGUCGACCCCCUGAGAGGGUUCAUGUAUUGGUCUGACUGGGGGUACCAGGCCAAGAUCGAGAAGUCUGGGCUCAAUGGUGUAGACCGGCAAACGCUGGUGUCAGACAACAUUGAGUGGCCCAAUGGAAUCACCCUGGAUUUGCUGAACCAGCGCUUAUACUGGGUAGACUCCAAGCUGCACCAACUCUCCAGCAUUGACCUCAGCGGAGGCAACAGAAAGAUGCUGAUUUCCUCCCCUGACUUCCUGAGCCACCCUUUUGGGAUAGCUGUGUUUGAGGACAAGGUGUUCUGGACAGACCUGGAGAAUGAGGCCAUUUUCAGUGCAAAUCGGCUCAAUGGCCUGGAAAUCUCCAUCCUAGCUGAGAACCUCAAUAACCCACAUGACAUUGUCAUCUUCCAUGAGCUGAAGCAGCCAAGAGCUGCAGAUGCCUGUGAGCUGAGUGCCCAGCCCAAUGGAGGCUGUGAGUACCUGUGCCUUCCUGCUCCUCAGAUCUCCAGCCCCUCUCCCAAGUACACGUGUGCCUGUCCUGACACAAUGUGGCUGGGCCCAGACAUGAAGAGGUGCUACCGAGCACCUCAAUCUACCUCAACUACGAUGUUAGCUCCUACCACAACGAGGACACUAGCCGACACCGCAAGAGCCCCUGGGACCACCGUCCACAGCCUCAACUCCCAGAACCACAGCACAGAGACACCAAGCCUGGCAGCUGUGGUCCCCAGCUCAGUUAGUGUCCCCAGGGCUCCAAGCAUCAGACCAUCUACCCCAAGCCCUGCGACCAGCAACCACUCCCAGCACUAUGGGAAUGAAGGUGGCAAGAUGGGCUCAACAGUCACUGCUGCUGUCAUUGGGAUCAUCGUGCCCAUGGCGGUAAUAGCCCUGCUGUGCAUGAGUGGCUACCUGAUCUGGAGAAACUGGAAGCGGAAGAACACCAAAAGCAUGAAUUUUGACAACCCAGUGUACAGGAAAACAACAGAAGAAGAAGAAGAAGAUGAGCUCCACAUAGGGAGGACUGCUCAGAUCGGCCAUGUCUAUCCUGCAGCGAUCAGCAGCUUUGAUCACCCACUGUGGGCAGAGCCCUGUCUUGGGGAGACCAGAGAACUGGAAGACCCAGCCCCUGCCCUCAAGGAGCUUUUUGUCUUGCCGGGGGAACCAAGGUCACAGCUGCACCAACUCCCGAAGAACCCUCUUUCCGAGCUGCCUGUCGUCAAGUGCAAGGUAGGGCAGUGCCACUUUGAGUCUGAGGGGCUGGUGAGUGAGGGCGUGAGCUUAGGCAGGUGCAGCCAAUCCCAGGCGGCUUUCCGGUCCUGGAAGGCUGCAGAUUGUAAGCUGGGUGUCGGGGCAGAGGAAAGAUGAGCUCGUUGCUGACCAAGGAAAGGGUGUGUGGAAGAAAUCAUCAAGUAUGGGGCAGGGCAGUGUGCAUUGUACAUUAUUCAUAAGGGAGACAUGGGAAAUGAAGUUGAGCAAGUGAGGAGGGUCAGCAGAUGGCCUUGAGCCUUCCCCUUGGCCAAUCACACAAACAGGUGUUUGACCAAGUUUUAAAGACUUGGGCGGGGGUGGGGGACACAGUGGACGAAGCGUUGAGCUUAGCCUGAGGAGGUGGCUCCCAGUGUCACUGCUCUGUAGCCUUGUGGUCUCAGUCACUUCUCUCUGCUCACUUCUAUUUGUAAAAUUGGAAUGAUAACCCCCAUUC